UUCUCUGUAAAGAGAUGCUGUUUUCGUGAUCCAAAUAUGGCGACACUCUGAUGCGUUCGAUUGGGGCCUCACGCAGCCGAGGGCGACCGGUGUCUGAACUGAAGUGAGUCAUUUUAAUGGCCAUUACAGUGUAAUUUUUUUGUUCAAUAUUAAACGCGAUGCUAGAGCUCAACAUUUCAUAUCGUAUGUCUACGUAAAACCUAUAGCAUGGAUGGAGAUUUAAUAACUGACCAGCCUGUCGUUCAUAGUGAACGACCGUUGGAACCGCCAAACUCAAACAAUGGCUUCGAUGACAUCGAAGAAAUGGCCUGGUGGGAAGCUCUACGCAGUGGGUGGGAGCAAUACAUGCUUUGGGCCUUGUGCUUCAUCAUAUUUCGCAUUACCCUGACGUUUCUCCGUUUGUCAAAUACGAAAUACAAACCAAAUAUGAAAAAGCCAUGUAAGGCAAUGUUCGUUCUCGGCUCUGGUGGCCACACAACAGAAAUGUUCCACCUUCUUACCGAUCUUAACUAUCUGCUCUUUUCGCCGCGGCUUUACGUACACGGCAGUAACGACCAGUUAAGCGCCACCAGAGCCAUACAAUUUGAAGUCCUUAGGUGUGGAUUCGUUCUCCAUGGGAUUGUGGGGUCCGCUGAUCUGUCUUUUUUUUUAUUCGUUACAACAUAGAUGCUUGGAAUUACUCCACCAAUUCACAGUUCGCGUCAAUUUUAGACUGGACUAACAGAAAUAACAGAAAGGCAACAAGCUAAAGAAUCAAUU